AUGGGCUCAGCGCAGAAAAAGCUGGCCGUCUGGCUCUGGGGUCCAGAUCCUAGCGAUCGCAGGCUCCUAGCUAAGCUCGACGUGACCCUGCUUCCCUACUUCUCGUUAAUUUGGUUUCUCUUCGGGGUUACCAGGGCUAGUUACUCCUCUGCUUAUAUCAGUGGCAUGAAAGAAGCGCUCAAUUUUCAAGGGAAGGACUACAACUACAUGAACACCGCGUACCUGGUCGUAUAUGCAGUGUUCCAAAUGCCCGGGACCAGCCUCUUGACAAUAGCACGACCGAAAUAUGAUGAGUCAUUCAUGGCAAGUGAUUUUGUUGAACGCGUUCGAGGGUGGAUUUUCGGCCAUCGCAUAGUGAGCAUAUCCCUUUCUUUCGGCUCCCUUCAUCAGCAGACAGCAGAACCCCCCAACGGCACGUCCAACGCUGACUGGCUUCAAAGUGUCGGAGCGCAGUUUAUCCUGGGUUCAUGGUAUAAAAAGUCAGAGCUCGGUAUGCGCACUGCAGUAUUCUGCAUCUUCGGCCAUAUUGGAACCAUGGCGGGGGGCUGGAUCCAAGCGGGGCUCCUCCACACGUUACAGGGACGCGGCGGGCUCCCCGCAUGGAAGUGGAUAUUUAUUAUCGUGUCGGUCAUGACUAUCCCGGUCGCUCUAUUCGGCUGGGUGUUCAUUCCCGACCUUCCUGAGCAUCGAUCCGCUUGGUAUCUCACUGCCGAGCAGAGAGAGCACGCCUUCAUCAGACUGGGUGCUCCUCUGAAACAAACCUGGGAUCUCUCGGUGUUUCGGCGCGUUCUUCUGAGCUGGCAGUUUUGGCUCUUGCCAUUUUUAUUCAUGUUAUAUUCUGUGUGUGUACAGAUGCUGCAAAACAACGUGAUGGCCUACUGGAUGGCGUCACGAGGCUAUAGUACUAUACAGCAGAAUAACUAUCCGACUGCAAUUUAUGCAGCUGCAAUAUUCGGCACCAUCGUCUAUGCUAUUAUCUCCGACAAAAUCCAAUCCCGCUGGGAAGUCUCGGUGCCAAUAGGUCUUACUUUUAUCAUCGGGUCCGCCAUCCUCGUGUCCGAACCGUCCACUGAUGCAGGAUACUUUGUAGCAUUCUAUCUAUCAGGCACUACGUUCGCGGUGCAGGCGAUAUGGUACUCAUGGCUGGCUGAUGUGACAAGCCACGAUGUGCAGCUUCGAGCCAUUACAACAGGCUUUAUGAACUCGUUUGACUUUGCAUUUGUCGCAUGGUGGCCUCUCGUCUUCUUUCCUGUCACGGAUGCCCCCAAUUUUCACAAGGGUUAUGUUGCAAGCCUGGUAACCGGGGCUCUGACAUUGCCCUUUAUUGGGUUGAUUGCCUACCUUGAGAAGAGGGACACAAAUCGAGGGCUUAUUAAACGAGUCCCAGUCGAUGAUUCAUUAGCUGAAGAAGACCAAAGGUUGAGAGAAGAUGAGCCGAGCCAGAACAAGUCAUCAGAUGCUCCCGUCAACACACGAACUGCGGAAGUUGAUGUAUAA